AUGUCAUCAUCGAUUCAACUUCUCAAUCCAAAAGCAGAGUCCUUGAGACGUUCCCAAGCAUUACAGGUUAACAUAGCCGCUGCCCAAGGGUUGCAGCAAGUUUUGGCUUCCAAUUUGGGUCCUAAGGGUACUUUGAAAUUGUUGGUGGAUGGAGCAGGAAGUUUGAAGUUAACUAAAGAUGGUAAGGUUUUGUUGAGUGAAAUGCAAAUUCAGCAUCCUACUGCUGUUAUGAUUGCCCGUGCAGCAACUACCCAGGAUGAAAUCACUGGUGACGGUACCAGCACUGUUGUCCUCUUGGUUGGUGAAUUAUUGAAGCAAGCAGAAAGAUUUAUAAGUGAAGGUGUUCACCCAAGAGUGAUAGUCGAUGGAUUCGAGGUCGCAAGAGAAGAAGCAUUGAAGUACUUGGAUGUGUUUAAGCAAACCCCAGAGAGUUUUGAUAGAGAAUUGUUAUUACAAAUUGCUAGAACGUCCUUAGCUACCAAGGUUACUGCUGAAUUAACUGAUGUUUUGACCCCCAUAGUUACUGACGCAGUUUUGAAUGUUAAGAAUGCUGAUUCCAGAAAUUUGGAUUUACAUAUGAUCGAAGUCAUGACCAUGCAACAUGGACAUGCCAGAGAAACAGAAUUGGUGAGAGGAUUAGUGUUAGACCAUGGUGCUAGACAUCCAGACAUGCCAAGAAGAGUUGAAAAUGCUUAUGUAUUAAUCUUGAAUGUUUCUUUAGAAUACGAGAAAACUGAAGUUAAUUCAGGAUUUUUUUACUCGAGUGCUGAACAGAGAGAGAAGUUAGUAGCAUCAGAAAGAAAGUUUGUGGACGAAAAGUUGAAGAAAAUUGUUGACUUGAAGAAUGAAGUUUGUGAAUUGAAUUCCAACAAGGGAUUUGUUAUUAUAAAUCAGAAGGGUAUUGAUCCAAUGUCCUUGGAUGUGUUAGCUAAGCAUGGGAUUUUGGCUUUGAGAAGAGCUAAAAGAAGAAACAUGGAAAGAUUACAAUUAGUAUGCGGUGGAGAAGCUCAGAACUCUGUCGACGAUUUAACUCCUGAAGUUUUGGGUUAUUCUGGAUUGGUUUAUGAAAAUUCGAUUGGAGAGGAUAAGUUCACAUACGUUACGGACAACAAGGAUCCAAAAUCCGCUACUAUAUUAAUCAAGGGUUCAAAUAACCACGUGUUACAACAAACUAAAGAUGCUGUUAGGGAUGGUUUGAGAUCUGUGGCAAAUGUCUUAAAGGACGAAUCCAUCUUACCUGGUGGUGGUGCAUUCUGGUUGAGUUGUAAUGACCAUUUAUUAAAUUCUCCUGAAUCCAAGAAGUUUUAUAAGGGGCGUAACAAAUCUGGUAUUAAGGCUUUCGCCGAAUCAUUGUUGACUAUUCCUAAGACUUUAGCCACCAAUGCCGGGUUGGAUGCAUUGGAAACCUUGUCAAAUUGCCAAGAUGAGAUUGCUGAGAAUCGUGUUGUUGGUGUUGACUUGAAAUCUGGUGAACCAAUGGAUCCAACUGUGGAAGGGAUUUGGGACUCUUAUAGGGUUUUUAGAAAUGCUCUUUCCGCUGCUACUGGUAUCUCUUCAAACUUGUUGUUAUGUGACGAAUUAUUAAAGGCUGGACGGUCAUCUUUGAAGGAAGGUGGCGCUCCAGGUGGUGGGCCAAUGGGAGCUCCUCCAAUGUAA